AUGGUGACCAUUUCUAAUGCGCACAAUGAGCUCAUCCAUGAUGCUGUGCUUGAUUACUACGGAAGACGUGUGGCGACGUGUUCGUCGGACAAAACAAUCAAGAUCUUCGAGGUAGAGGGAGAGACGCACAGACAUGUCGAGACGCUUCAAGGUCACGAGGGACCCGUCUGGCAGGUGGAUUGGGCUCAUCCUAAGUUUGGUACGAUUUUAGCAUCGUGUUCGUACGAUGGUAAGGUGUUGAUCUGGAAAGAAGAAGGUGGCAGAUGGUCUCAGAUCGCAGUACAUGCAGUGCAUUCUGCGUCUGUGAACUCGGUACAAUGGGCUCCUCAUGAGUAUGGACCGUUGCUAUUGGCUGCUUCAUCGGACGGGAAAGUGUCAGUGGUCGAGUUCAAAGAGAAUGGGACCACCGCGCCCAUUCUCGUGGAUACACACGCGAUCGGCGUGAACACCGCGUCGUGGGCUCCUGCCACGAUUCAGGAAGGUGCUACUACUACGCCUCAACAACUGCGCAGGUUUGUAACGGGUGGUGCUGACAAUCUUGUGAAAAUCUGGAGAUAUAAUAGUGACGCCAACACGUAUCUUUUAGAAGACACUUUGGAAGGUCACGCGGAUUGGGUUCGCGACGUUGCAUGGUCUCCAUCCGUUCUGCUGUGCUCUUACGUUGCCAGUGUGUCGCAGGACCGGACUUGCAUAAUUUGGACCCAAGAGAACAAUCAAGGUCCAUGGAAGAAGAGACUCUUGACACAAGAUAAGUUCCCAGACGUUCUGUGGAGAGCCAGUUGGUCUUUGUCGGGCAAUAUUCUCGCUGUUUCUGGUGGCGACAAUAAGGUAACACUCUGGAAGGAGAAUUUGGAAGGCGAUUGGGAGUCUGCCGGUACCGUCGAGCAAUGA